AUGGCGGCUGAAUCUGAUGAAGCAAGUCAGGAUGGGCAACAUCCAUUCGACGAUCAGAUUGACGACCAGACGAUGGACGCCUUCAGCAUGCCGAACAGUGGCGAGAAUGACGGCGUGGAGCUUGGUGGCCGGCGCAAAAUGACCAGCAAGGACGACGCCGCACCCGCAUGGAGUGAGCUCAAAACCAAGGCCGGCAAAGAACGGAAACGUCUGCCCCUCGCCUGUGCAUCGUGCCGAAGGAAGAAGAUCCGGUGCUCCGGGGAGAAGCCCGCCUGCAAGCAUUGCAUCCGUUCCAGGCUGCCAUGCGUAUACAAAGUUACGACGCGCAAGGCUGCGCCGAGGACAGAUUACAUGGCCAUGCUCGACAAAAGGCUAAGGAGGAUGGAGGAUCGCAUCAUCAAAACCUUGCCCAAGUCAGAGCAAGAAGCAUCUGCCAAUGCUGUAAUCCGUGCUGUGGUCAAGCCAUCGUUGCCAGGGACGCUCAAGCAAGGCGUGAAGAAAAGGAAGGCCGAGGAGGCCUUUGCUCCGGAUUUCAACAAAUGGGCUCGGAGUGCAUCCGGUUCCAAUGAUGUCAACAGAUCCGUUGCCCUCAAAGUGCAAGAGGAGGAGGAAAGCAAGCUUCUGGCGGAAGGUCGAGAUGCGCUUCCGUCACAAGAGCUCCAGGAGCAUCUCGCCGAGGUGUAUUUCGAGGUCGUCUACGGCCAGGCCUACCACCUGCUGCACAAACCCAGCUACAUGAGGAAACUCCGUGCGGGGACUUUGCCUCCUGUCUUGAUAUUGUCCGUCUGUGCUGUCUCUGCACGCUUCUCUCAGCAUACCUUCUUCUCGAACACCGUACACUUCCUCCGUGGAGAGGACUGGGCGAGUUCAGCUCGCGAAAUUGUGAAACGGCGAUACGACUGGCCCAACAUUACGAUCUUGACUUGCUAUCUCAUACUUGCCUUGCAUGAGUUCGGCACCUGCCAAGGCGGCAGAAGCUGGAUGCUUGGCGGUGAUGCCAUACGAAUGGCAUUUGCUCUACAACUACAUCGCGAUCUCGAGCACGACCCACAAGGUCCGAAGUCGAACACGCCCCUGAGUUUUGUUGACCGUGAAAUCCGACGGCGCACCAUGUGGGCAAGCUUUCUGAUGGAUCGCUUCACAUCAUCCGGUAUCGACAGACCUAUGUUUGUGAAAGAAGAGGACGUCAGAAUUCAGCUCCCCAUCAAAGAGAAGCUUUUUCAGCUCGACAUGCCGGGCCCGACUGAAGAUCUGCACGGCCGCACUCCGCACCCGGUUCCUAGCGACGCCGGUCAACUGGCAGAUCCCCAGGAGAAUAUGGGCGUUGCAGCAUACAUGAUACGCUCGAUUGCACUAUGGGGCAGAAUCAUAUCGUACCUGAAUCAAGGUGGCAAAAAGGACGACUCGCAUCACAUGUGGGAGAGUUCGUCCAGAUAUACCGAACUGCUUAGCCAAGCUGAAGACCUCCCGCGGAAGCUCCCCCUAGAGUUGCAAUACACCCGGGAGAAUCUUCACCUCCACAACACUGAACGCAUGGCGAACCAGUUCUUGUUUCUGCACAUCACCAUACAACAGAACAUCCUCUUCCUGAAUCGUUUCGCUGUCUCGUCGCCUACUGGUAGUUCACAAACUAAUGCCCCGAAAGACUUUGUAACCCGGGCUGGCGCGCAGGCAUUCGCAGCGGCUAAUAGGAUGUCUGAAGUGCUCAAAGAUGCCGAACGACAUCUUGUAUCCGCCCCAUUUGUGGGCUACUGCGCUUUCCUGUCGGGUACAGUACACAUCUUCGGCAUCUUCUCUGGGAACGCUGCUCUGGAGCACGCUGCCAAACAGCAUCUUGCAACGAACAUCAGGUUUCUCUCGAGGAUGAAACGCUACUGGGGCAUGUUUCACUUUAUGCUAGAAAACCUUCGCGAACAAUACCGCACUUGCAUGGACGCCGCUAGCCGGGGAGCACCGCCUACCGACAGCACGACAACGUCGCCGGUCUUUCAGUACGGUGACUGGUUCUCACGCUACCCACACGGGGUGUCGGCAUCAGAUUUUGUGGACCCUGCGGCCGCCAAACAACGCGAGUCUGGUGACGAUGGCGUGCUAGAGCAGAAGCCUGAGCUGCAUACAGUGGAGGAAUACAUGACGCAGCUGUCUCCCGCCCAGUCUCACGACAACAAGGAGCCUGGGCCAGGCACUGGACCAAACAAACGCAAAGCAAGCACGAAAGCUGUGCUGGCCGGCGUCGACGGGCAGGUAUUGGCUAUUAAGUCGAGUGGGCACGGGGCUCAAGCUCUACGGCAGCAAGUGCCAAAAACAAAUACGUCUCUGCAUCCCACUCAAAGACAAGCUGGUCGGGAAAGCAUGCAAGCACAGGCUCCGGGUCAGCUGCCAGUUGGCUUCAGCGGGCUUUCACCUAUCAGUCCUGUUGAACAAGCAAGCGUCCCGCCGCUGUUGCAACAACACAGCGGUGGUCACAUUUACACAUCGCAGGAUCUGCUUGCACUGCCCAUGUCGAACGCCCCUUCUGCAAUACUACCACAGCUUGAUCGCCAGCUUGUCUUCAAUGCGUAUGGCGAUCUGGAUCCACGUGCGAUGGCGGAUCCGGACGAGAUCGACUGGCAUGCGCUUGCGGGUACGAGCAGUAAUGGUAAUGACCCAGCUGCCGUCCACGAUUCGAUGCCGACACCGAGGGUCAACGCAAACACGAUCCCACCUCAUCCCCAUUCUUCAUCCAUGGCUCCACCUAGCUUUGCGCCAGAGACGUCUUCUGCAUGGUUCAUGCCGUUUAACCUCGAUCCGGCCAAUUUCGCCCACGACUUGGCUGCUGCCGGCGGCGAAAUGGGCGGAUCGGGCGCUUUUGAUAAUUUUGGCGGCAUAUUUCCCAGCGGCGAGGCCUCGAUCGAGAACCUCAACGACCCGCUGGACCUUCAACAUACCCAUAUGUCGGGAAUGUAA